AGGUUCCGGCGUUCGCGAUCAGUCGCGCGGGAAGCAGCGUGAAGAGCGGGUGUUUUGAGGGGACCCUGCGGCGAUGGCGUCUGGCAGCAGUUCCGAUGCGGCGGAGCCCGCAGGGCCGGCAGGGCGGGCGGCGUCGGCGCCCGAAGCAGCACAGGCGGAGGAGGACCGGGUGAAGAGGCGGCGGCUUCAGUGCCUGGGCUUUGCGUUGGUGGGGGGAUGCGACCCCACGAUGGUCCCCAGCGUCCUGCGGGAGAACGACUGGCAGACGCAGAAAGCCCUGAGCGCCUACUUCGAGCUGCCAGAGAACGACCAAGGGUGGCCGCGCCAGCCUCCCACGUCCUUCAAGUCCGAGGCCUAUGUUGAUCUAACCAACGAGGAUGCAAAUGAUACAACCAUUUUAGAAGCCAGUCCAUCUGGAACUCCUCUAGAAGAUAGCAGCACUAUUUCUUUCAUUACCUGGAAUAUUGAUGGAUUAGAUGGAUGCAAUCUGCCCGAGAGGGCUCGAGGGGUGUGUUCCUGCCUAGCUUUGUAUAGUCCAGAUGUGGUAUUUCUACAGGAAGUUAUCCCCCCAUACUGUGCCUACCUAAAGAAGAGAGCAGCCAGUUACACAAUUAUUACAGGUAAUGAAGAAGGAUAUUUCACAGCUAUACUAUUGAAGAAAGGAAGAGUGAAAUUUAAAAGUCAGGAGAUUAUUCCUUUUCCAAAUACCAAAAUGAUGAGAAACCUGCUAUGCGUAAAUGUGAGUUUGGGUGGAAAUGAAUUUUGCCUUAUGACAUCCCAUUUGGAGAGCACCAGAGAACAUUCUGCGGAACGAAUAAGACAAUUAAAAACUGUUCUUGGAAAAAUGCAAGAGGCUCCAGAUUCAACCACGGUUAUAUUUGCAGGAGAUACAAAUUUAAGAGAUCAAGAAGUUAUCAAAUGUGGUGGUUUACCUGACAACGUUUUUGAUGCCUGGGAAUUUUUAGGCAAACCUAAACAUUGCCAGUAUACAUGGGAUACGAAAGCAAAUAACAACCUCAGGAUCCCUGCUGCUUAUAAGCAUCGUUUUGAUCGAAUAUUUUUCAGAGCAGAAGAGGGGCACCUUAUUCCUCAAAGUUUAGACCUUGUUGGGUUGGAAAAACUGGACUGUGGUAGAUUUCCGAGUGAUCACUGGGGGCUCUUGUGCACCUUGAAUGUAGUAUUGUGAAAAGCUUCCCACUUGCAGCUUUACACGUUUGUUAGCACUAGUUCUGAAUUUGUGUAGGUCUCAACCUUUCAGGACAUCUGGGUCUAAUACAGAAGAAUUAAUAAACUGGAUGAUUACUACAGCAAAAGCAGCUAACGUUUUACUUUGUAUCUUGUGUCCUCAGAAUUAAGAACUGGUGUUUGUAAUAAAUCAAAGCAUGCUUAUGUCAGAAUGUGUGGGCUUUGGUUUAAAGGACAUAACCUCUCCGCUUGUGACAAAGUCAUUGUUGCCAUCAGGAUUUCAAGUAAUGGGCGUAUCUCAGGGCUAACUAUUGUUUGAAUUAGGCACCAAUAUAUUUUAAAUCAUUUUAUUAAGAGAAAAAGUAAGCCAUUGAACUCUUGAGACUGCAUUGUCUUAUAUUCUGUAAGUUCAGAAAUGUAAGUGAAAAAGCCGUGACCAACCGUAGUAAAGUAGAUGACAGCUGUUGUAUAUCAGACUUAAUUUUGUCAGCUGAUAGUAUAUAGUGACUGAUGAGUCAGUCACAGUUCCACUGACUCCCAGUUACUGUUCUGAUUAGUGGUAGUUAUUUGCUGGGAACUGACAAAGUUCAUCUUGGCAAUGAUUAAACCCAGCUUAGCAACGUGAGAAUUAUUUUUUUUUUUCUAAGAAGAAAAUUCAGAAGAAAAGUAACUGAGUUUUGUUACUGGUAAAAUGGAAAUACUUCACAGAGUGAAUAAAGAAUACUUUUUUUUUUGUAAAUGUUCUGUAAAGAAAAAAUGUACAGUAAAUAAAGUGUUUUAUUUGUAGACUGA